GGGGCUGCCGCGGCAAAGCCGCGGUGUGUCUGCAGCAUCCUGUUUUCGCGUCUCCUGCUUGCAGCACGCCUUGGCCCUCUGUCUCCUCCCCUCUCCCGCCCAUGCGGGUCUCCCACCCCGGGCCAACUCUGCGCACUUUGCCCCUUGUUGGCAGCGAAUAAAAGGGGUCAGAGAAAAUAGGGGACGUGGUGACCUGCUGCCAGCUCUAGCCUUUAAAUCCUCAGCCUGGGGAGUUCCACGUACAGCGGGUCGGGUCCAGACACCCAUCCAGCGCGCACCGCGCAAAGGCGGCUUCCCAGAGCAGCGCGGCGGAUCGCGGCGCAAAAACGGGCUCGGGAACCGAAGUCUACCCUGUCCGGGCUGUUCUGAACUCCGCAUUCUCAGCCCAGGGAAAGUGAUCCCAGCAUCUGAGAGUCCAGAUGCCCGCCCACUUGCUGCAAGAGGAGAUCUCUAGCUCCUACACAACCACCACCACCAUCCCAGUGCCUCCCUCCCGGCUCCUGCAGAAUGGAGGAAGCAAACUGGAGAAGAAUCCACUAUACUUGGAAGAAGAUAUUCGCCCUGAAUUAAAAGAUGACAUCUAUGACCCAAGCUACAAGGAUGUGGAGGGCCCGAGGCCCAAGAUUGUGUAUGUUUGGAGAAACAUCAUCCUUAUGUCUCUGCUACACUUGGGAGCCCUCUAUGGGAUUGCCAUGAUCCCUACCUGCAAGAUCUACACCUGUGUCUGGGGGUUUGCCUACUAUUUGGUCAGUGCCCUGGGCAUCACAGCGGGAGCACAUCGCCUGUGGAGUCACCGCAGUUACAAAGCUCGGCUGCCCCUGCGCUUCUUCCUGAUCAUUGCCAACACGAUGGCUUUCCAGAAUGAUGUUUAUGAAUGGGCCCGAGAUCACCGUGCUCACCACAAGUUUUCAGAAACAGAUGCUGAUCCCCACAAUUCUCGACGUGGCUUUUUCUUCUCUCACGUGGGUUGGCUGCUUGUGCGCAAACACCCAGCCGUCAAAGAGAAGGGCGGUUUGCUAGACUUGUCUGACUUAAAGGCCGAGAAGCUAGUGAUGUUCCAGAGGAGGUACUACAAACCCGCCGUCCUGUUGAUGUGCUUCAUCCUGCCCACUCUGGUGCCCUGGUAUGUCUGGGGUGAAACUUUCCUACACAGCUUGUACAUUGCGACUUUCUUGCGAUAUGCUGUUGUGCUCAAUGCCACCUGGCUGGUGAACAGUGCUGCCCACCUCUAUGGAUAUCGCCCUUACGACAGGACCAUUAACCCCCGAGAGAACAUCCUGGUGUCUCUGGGAGCUGUGGGUGAGGGCUUCCACAACUACCACCACUCCUUCCCCUAUGACUACUCCACCAGUGAGUACCGCUGGCAUGUCAACUUAACCACAUUCUUCAUCGAUUGCAUGGCUCUCCUCGGUCUGGCUUAUGACCGCAAGAAAGUGUCCAAGACUGCCAUCUUGGCCAGGGUUAAAAGAACUGGAGAUGGAAGCUACAAGAGUGGCUGAUUUGGGGAUCCCUCAGGUUCCUUUUCCAAAAGCCAGCUGGGCAGAGGUUUAAUGUUCUGUUUAUUAACUACUGAAUAAUGCUACCAGGAUGCUAAAGAUGAUGUUAACCCAUUCCAGUACAGUAUUCUUUUAAGACUGAAAGCCAACAACUCUGCCUUCAUGACGCUAAGCUGAUAUCCUUCUUUCUCCUCUUACCUUCUCUCUCUUCCAGUCCCAUUGUCCUCCUUCGCUUUCUUCCUGUCACCUUCCUUUCUCUUCCACCUCAUUGCCUCCCAGGUCCUUGGUGGGUGUCCAGCUUCCAAAGCUUAGACAAGCUUUCUGUAAUCUAAAACUAGUGGUCUUUGCUCUGGAUAACUCUUCCCUUGAGACAUCUUGAGCUUCAAGGUGGGUGGCUCCAUGCUAGAGAUCUGACAAAAUGGUCUGGGAAGGCCCCCGUUAAUGAUCUCAAGCCCAGGCUUUUGCUAGAUGGAAUGGAAAAACAACUUCAUUUGGCAUGAAGCUUCUAAAGUAGGUGAAUGUCAGGGGAGAGAGGUAGCGUGCAUGGUAUGGUGGGUAAGUGAGGAUGGGGUGAGGUGGGAAGCAAGGCAAGAAGUUCCUGCUGUGAGUGACACACAGCUGCCUGCCAAGUGGGUACUUGGAGCCCGGCCACACAACAUGCUUCCUCUCUCUCCUGACUCUGACCUAGGAAUGGCCGUGGAGCUUGGCAAUGCCAGAAAACAAAAGCAAAUUUCAGUGUCCCAGUAUGGUGUAGGCCGGGGAUAAAGAAGAAGUGUUUAGUUUGUAGUGAAAGUGGUCUCUGCUGGGGAAGGGUUGUUUCUUCUUAAUAAUUGGAAAAUUUCUUAUUCCACAUAACAAGAAGUCUUGAGGUUGGUGGUUUCCACCACCAGUGAAUCCAGCAGCUCAUGGAAUCAUCAAAACUCUUCCCUCUUUCUGCUCUGCCAUCUUCGUGGUAUUGAUCAGUAACCCUCAUAGUCAAAAGCUGGCUGCAGUAUUUCCAAACAACCACAAAAGGAACGCGUUGGGGGCUUAGUGAUGUGCCUCGUUGCCUUCUGAAGGAAAAAGCAUUUAGGAGAUAGAGUUGGGCCCAACAUAAAAACGUAUAUGCAUAUAUACUUUGCUUGGAAUAUUAAAAUAACUGACUGAGAGUAUUUCCUUCUAAAAGAGGGAUGCUAGAAGAGGAGGUGGAAUUAGGUAGGUUGUCUGCUUUCCUCUCACUGCUGGACAGGAGAUGGACAGGUUGGGGGGCAGAGUCUGUAGGCAGCUCCUAAGAGAUAAGUUUACAAAAGGAGGGCUCAAGAACACAUUGCCAGAGGGCUCAGAAGGUCACUGAGUAAGUUAUUGGGUGUCCUUGUACGGAAGCUGGUUAUACAAACAAGAUAGAUGUUAGCUUCAUUCAUCAACUCCAAUUUCUCCUUGAAGUGAGUAAAAACUAGAAGGCUUCUCCCCACAGUGUUGAAUACUUUCACCCAUUCCUUCUGUGUUAACUAACAUCUAGCCUGAAGUGAGGACUGCCUUCGGGGCAAGGAGAGUGGGUGCGAGGUAGGAAUCUCUUAGGCACCCUUAUUAUUGAUUCCUGGCCCUACCCUAUCUGUCUAUUUCCCCCUACUGGUUCUGUCUCCCGCUGCUGUUUGCUUCUUUCUCUGGACAGGCAGCCUCCUUUGUGUACUCAGAUGGCUACUGGUGUCCAGCCAGCUCCCUCUCCUACAGACAGAAUGCUCAGGGUCACUGAACCACUGUUUCUCUUUAUAAAGUUAAGCUAGCUGCCACCUUCACUUGGCCUCCAGAACCUCUCACCUACACCCCUGUGCUCUUCUGCCACACUGAUGACUCAAGACAAGACUGGCAGAUCCUACUAGAAACAUCCUUAGCUGAGGCAUUCUCACAAGGCAUAGCCAAGCCAAAUGCUCGUGUGCCAGUGAGCCAGCCAUGGAGCAAAAAAGGGUUUGUUUUGGAUUCCUCUGUCUAGGUCAGAACCAGAGAGCAUGCCGGAUGCCCCUUGCUUACUCAGUAAGCCUGCCCGGCCCGGGUCAGUGCUCCCAGCUGAUAGUGCAACGCCCAUAGAAGUAGGAGGGAGCCUAGUUUUCACUGGGCAGCAUGAGAAGCAAAGGCAACUUGCCAAGUGCCUCACUUAGAAGGAGGCCCGGUUCCCUGAAGCCAGGGAUAUGCAGAGCUUUGGCAGAGACUUGGGAUCUGAGAUGCCAUGAACAAUAUUCCCUGCAACACAGCCUAGGGCAGAUAGUAGUACAGAAGAGGUCUGGAAAAAAAUGAGUUUUUUGAGAACCUUGGACCACUCCUGUCCCUGUACCUCAGUCGUCAAUGCAAAAGCCUGGUUUUACUCUCUUAAGAUUGGAAAUGUACAAUACCGAUGCUCUGUCCACUGUUGAGUCCCAGAAUGGAAGGGAGGAGGGCCUUUCUCUCUGUAUUAAUUGAACAGAUAGAGCCUAUAGGGUUGAGCCUGGACUAAAGACAUCCUUGUCCUUUGAGCUAUUCCUCUCAGUGGAAAAGGACCUAACAACAGAAGAUCUCUAUCGUUCAGAUCUGCGGGCCUGUGUACCUAUCCCCUGGAAAUGUCUGUUGAAUAGUUUUCAUUCCACAGGUCAUCAGAUGCCUGCUUUAUACUUUACGAUCAGAAACAAGUUUAUAUUUCUGUUUUAGUCAUGUUCCAUGGAUCUGAUCCACACCAUGACCCUACACAGGGCUGGACAGGGUCCUCAGGCUGAGGGCCCCAGUGGACAUGUGGAUGUGUAGGUGCGGAGGGUGUCGGCUGAGUAAGGAACACAUUCUAAAAGCUGAAUUCAAAGGACACAUUCAUUAAUGGUCCAGAAACUCAGAUUCAAUAAGUCUGGAUUUCUGACAGUCCUUGCUUUGUGGGUGUGAUGACAACUUAUUUGGGUGCCUUACAUCUUUUCUAAUCAGUGUUGCAUAUGAGCCUGCUCUCACUCCCUUCUCGCUCCCUCUGUGGAGUUCCUUUGCACCUGAGAGCCUACAAAAGUGGCUGAUAGGAAAGAGGGCCUGGCUGGAGAGCUAUCAGUAUAGCUAUUUGCGAGAUUCCCUUCUGGGCUUCAUUUUGGAAACUUUUCUUAGGGCUGUUUUUAUUGAGUGCCCACAUUUGAUGGAGGGUGGAAAUAAUUUGAAUGUAUUUGAUUUAUAAUUUUUUUUAGGUUAAAAGAUGGUUGUGGCAUUUAAAAUGGAAAAGUUUUCUCCUUGGUUUGCUAGUAUCCUGAGUGUAUUCUCUGUAAGUGUAGCUCAGAUGGGUCCACGUGGAAGGUUAAAGAAAACAAGAUGUCAGUGUUACAUGGGUGGUUAAGGCCAGGGCCUCUCCUACCACUGUGCCACUGACUUGCUAUGUGACCCUGGGCAAGUCACUUAACUAUAAUGUGCCUCAGUUUUCCUUCUGUUAAAAUGGGGAUAAUAAUACUGACCUACCUCAAAGGGCAGUUUUGAGGCGUGACUAAUGCUUUUUAUAAAGCAUUUGGGAUCCUUCAGCAGAGGAAUUCUCCUAAGUCUGAGUAUUUUUAUAGCAGCUGUAUCCACCAUGAACUUGUGUCCACCAGGAACCAUGUAUCCCAGAUGCCAUCAUUAAUCUAUAUGGUUCUGUCUGAGAGAUUGAAUAACUCCAUUAGGAUAAGUGGUGGAUAACUAGCCAGACAAAUUUAAGAAUGCAUAAACUUAUUGCCAUGGAAACAUACAGGAUACCUUUUCCUUGAUUGGGUGGGAUUUUUCCCUUUUUAUGUGGGAUAGUAGUUAUUUGUGACCUAAGAAUAAUUUUGGAAUAAUUUCUAUUAAUAUCAACUCUGAAGCUAGUUGUACUGAUCUGAGAUUGUGUUUGUUCAUAAUAAAAGUGAAGUGAAUCCGAUGGCA